AUGUUAGUUUAUGAAAAUGAAGCCGAUGUUAAACAAUUUUCGCCAGACUUGACGACAUUAGCUAAAAUUGAUGGUUCUUUUGGUGUAAUUGUUACUGCUCCUGGUAACGAAGUGGAUUUUGUUUCUCGAGUUUUUUGGCCAAGCGCUAGUGGUCCUGAAGAUCCAGUUACUGGUUCAGCACAUUGUAGUCUCAUCCCUUAUUGGGCUGAACGAUUAGGUAAAAACCAGCUGCAUGCAUACCAAAUUUCGGCUCGUAAAGGAGAACUUUGGUGUGAAAAUAGAGACAACAGGGUUCUAAUAUCAGGCAAGGCUUUAACCUAUUUAAAAGGUGAAAUAAUCGUUUGA